AUGACAGGCUGGUAUCGUGACAGGCUGUAUUGGCAGUAUCGCGACAGGCCGGUAUCGCUGCUAUUGCGACAGGCUGAUAUUGUGACAGGCCGGUGUUGUGACAGGCCCUAUCGCGACAGGCUGUACCUUGACAGGCCCUAUCGUGACAGGCCCUAUCGUGACAGGCCCUAUCGCGACAGGCCCUAUCGCCGCUAUCGCGACAGCCGCUCCCUCUCUCUCCCUGCCCAGGCGCUGUCGCUGCUGCUGCUGCCGGGGCUGGGCCGGAGGGUGACAACGGCCACCGCGGCCACCAUGGAGGGGACAGCGGGGACAGCCCCAGGGACAGCCCCGGGGACAGCGGGGGACACGUGCGGCAGCGCCGGGAACGGCACCGCGGGCGGCACCGGGGACAGCAGAGGGGACAGCAGAGGGGACAGCGCGGGUGACACCGGGGACGUCUCGGCCGCCUUCGUCACCUGCCCCAACCUCAGCGUGGCCACCGAGCUGGCCAGGGCUCUGGUGCAGCAGCGUUUGGCCGCCUGCGUCAACAUCGUCCCCGGAGUGACCUCGGUGUACACGUGGCAGGGGAAGCUGGAGGAGGACAGCGAGGUGCUGCUGAUGAUCAAGACCCGCAGCUCCCGGGUGCCGGCGCUGAGCGACUUCGUCCGGAGCCACCACCCGUACGAGGUGCCCGAGGUGGUGGCGCUGCCGGUGGCGCAGGGGAACCCCCCGUACCUGCGCUGGGUGCGCGACGCCGUGCCCCCCUGAGGCACCCCGAGACACCCCGGAAACACCCCAA